AAUAACGUUGACCAACUCUUUGAAAUAGUUUUCUUCACGGCGAUGACCGAUGAAACGGCGAAAGAUGACGGCGAGACGAAGCAGCGAUCUUCAAGAAACGACAACGUUUCUAAGAAGAAGAAGAAGAAGAAUAUGGGUUCUAAAGGAGAUAAAGCAAAGAGAGCUCUAAUCGGAGCGGGUGGUCGGAUCCUGUUUUACCCAACUCUUGUUUACAACCUCGUCCGCUUCAAACUCCAGUCUCAGUUCCGAUGGUGGGAUCAAAUCGAUGAGUAUCUUCUGAUGGGAGCUGUUCCAUUUCGUAAGGAUGUUCCGAGACUAAAACAGUUAGGUGUUGGUGGCGUAAUCACUCUUAAUGAACCUUUUGAGACUUUGGUACCAUCUUCUUUGUACAAUGCUUAUGAAAUGGAGCAUCUAGUGAUACCAACACGUGAUUACCUGUUUGCUCCUUUGAUUGCUGACAUAACUCGAGCUGUUAACUUCAUUCACAAGAAUGCUUUGCUUGGUAAAACUACUUAUGUCCAUUGCAAAGCUGGUCGAGGAAGAAGUACUACUGUUGUUCUCUGCUAUCUGAUUGAGCAUAAGGGUAUGACCGUAGCUGCAGCUUUUGAACAUGUGCGCUCGAUAAGACCGCGUGUUUUACUGCAUCCUUCGCAGAGGAAGGUUGUUGAGGAAUAUAACAACAGACUACGAUAUCCUUUUGAGUGAAUCAGCAUUUGCCGCAACCUCUGAUGUAAAUGGCAGAGAUUAGUCUGUCAUACAUAGCUCAGCAAUUCCAGCAUCGAUCAAAAGCUAGUCAGGAGGUUCUGUUAAAAUUUCUGGUUUUGACCCUCUGAUCCGGCUUGGUUCCUGCAAAAUUGUGGCCGGUCCAGGUGAUUAAUUAUUGAAUAUUGAUUAAAUAAUUGUUCAUAUAUAGUACAAUGUUUUAGUAUUAUAUAUGUACGUAAUUUGAUUUU